AAAAUCGUCGACUGCUCGAGAACGGCUUCUUUUUUUUAUCGAUCGCAAUGUACAUGUAAUGUAAAUUAAAUUAGUGCCAGUGGAAUAUUACGAUGCAACUACCACGGCGAUAACAAACGACCUUGGAUCGGUUCGGUGUGUGUUCGUUAUCUUACGAAAUUAGCUGUGCUCAUAGAGCUGUGCCUUUAAUAAAGGCUUGAUUAGAGGCGACGGAAUUUACUUCAGUUAACAGUGAAUACGCGAGUGUAUGACGCGAGUGCAUCGCGAUUUUGCAUCGGGAAGGUGAUAGGAUAAAUUCUCCGGGAAAAUCUCUUGUAAUUCUUGCGAUUUUGCUCGAUUAAAAAUGUCGACGAAUUUUCGUCGAACGCGCUCGUCCGUGCGUGUCGCAUUUUUCCGACUAAUUAUACGCGCGAGGAACGCAGAGAGAAUUAUUGAAAGUAUCAGUGAUCGUGUGCCAUAAUUAUGUGGAUUUUACGCGGGCUUGUACCAGCGGGUCAAUACGAGGUGUUCGCAUCGUUAAUAAAUAUAAAAUUAGCGCAGUUGUCAUUUUCUCGCGCGAUUGAUCAUAUAAUAAUGACGGUUGCAUAACUGUCGAGUGUAUAAUAUUGAUAAUAAAUUAAUACAUAACUAUGACGAGUGAUGCAUGUUGCGGAGCGAUUUUAACACCGGUCGAAUUUCACUUCAUGAAGUCGUCGCGAUUAGGGGAAAAAACCGAAAUCAGAGCAAAUGCUUAAACAGCGGAAUGUCGCGCAAUCGCACGCGUAAAGUGUCCGAAAGCAUUUAAAACAUUGCGAUCUGGAUGAUAUAACGAGAUAAAAGUGACGUUAUAUCAUUUAUAUCACUUACGAUCGCCGAUUAUACUUCGAAUUCCAAAGGAACCGAUAACCGAACGUUAUUAACGUGGCAAGAGGGAAAGCUCGCGAGUUUCGGGCGGCAUUCGUGGAUUUUUCCCGACUAACAUUCUUCUCCGACAUCUCGUUCGCGGCAGGAAAAUGUCAAACUAAUAAAAUGCGAUUAUUUGCACGGCCCUCUCCACGCGAGUGGCCGUAAAAAAAAACGGUCGGUCGAAUCGACAGUGCGACGAGUAAAAGAAACAAAGGCAUCGCCGUUACGAAUCAAACGUAAUACGCAAUCGAUCGAAUAUGUAUUCCGCCUACGGUUACGGUUUAUCGACACCCCGUACGAUUGUCGAUAAACCUUGACCGACUUUACAGUCGGUGAUCGACUUCGUAUAUUGCGACGAAGGAGAAACUUUAAUUGAUAGAAUUAUGUGAAAUGCGUGGGUCAACGUGUCGUGGCCGUUUGCAUAAAACAGCGCGAGCUGCGUCGAAUUUGUACAGAUAAUUAUUGAAAUCGAGUAACUCGACGAAGGUCGCAAAAAGAUACGAAAAUUACGACAAUAUUAAAGUGUCUUUUAAGGAUGCAUUAAGUUUCAAAGCGUUACCAAAAAUAUAAAAAUUUUAUAGUGUUCUGUAAUAAUAAAAUAAUGUUGCGGCAUCUGUGUAAAGGUUUAGUAUAAAUCUCUUAUUGGUUUAAAAGUCAUUCAUUUUUUGUUUGCUCUUGAUUUUCAUUUUCAAAAUCACGUAGUAUUUACAAAACAUUACGUAUUAAUUUAAAUUUUUUAGAUAUACCAAUAAAACUUUAAUAUUUAUGUAAAUGUUCUUUUCGAUUUACUUACUUGUAUAAAAGUGAUUUAUCUAAAACUGUAAUAAAAUAGUUACUUUUAUUGUAUAAGUCAUUAUAAGCCUUUUUUAUUGUUUUAUUUUUUGUAGCUGUGAUUUCAGGUUUCGUCAAAAUUUGAAUGUUUAUUAAAAUUUUUUUAUUAGAAAAUGAUAAGAACAGACUUAUGGGAAGUCUUUUUUUAAAUUUCGAUAACUUUUAGUUGUACAGCCAAAACAUCCUUAAAUGAUCAAUUCAUUCAAUGUAAAAAGUUGCAUUAAGACUUUAACUUCCUUCUCGAAGCCACGAAAUUUUCAAUUUUUAUGGUAAUCUAAAUUAAAAGUAAUGUUACAAUGUACAAGAACUGUAUUGCUCGCUUACGAACACGUUCGCGGUCUGGCGAAAUGGCUUUUUAAAUUGAACCUUUUUAUCGCACACGUAUCGCAUGAUCUCCGCAGAUGGUUAUCGAAAUUAAUAAAUUCAAUCUUGCAUUAGUGUUUGCGUCGGUACGUGUGUCAAAUUGCAGUCUGUUCCGGCGACUCAUCUUCAAUUGAUUCCACGAAAUAGUUCCCGUCAAAAUUUUGCUGCGUGGGCUUGUACUUUUGCACGAGUAUCUGCAAGAAAAUGUUGAAUGUCACGCGCUCGAUCAAUUAAAAUCGUAUUUCGCGCACGUUUCUUUUAGCUCGCGAGUCGAAUCGCUUCCGAAAGCCAUACCGAUCAUUCAGUUUUAAAACUGCAUUUUAAUCACUCUACUGUAUCGAUCUAUCUAUAGUCUAUAGGCUUGGCACACUAGCAGAGGAAAUCGUUAUGUAACAUAUAGCGUGUAAUUUCAUGAUACAUGCGACAAUCGCGUGAUAACAUAUUAUCUCAACUGAUUCUGGGAAAAAUAUAUAUUCCCAUACUUAUUCAUCUUCUAAAUAAAGAACUUGGCUUGUAAGUAAUUCGUCGUAAAUAAAUGCGCGAUAAACAGAUGAAGGAAAAACGUAUCUAAACGUAUUUAUCAAUCUAUUCUAGCAAUUUUGAUAUGAUUACAAUUGAUUUUUUUACUUUGGAAACGAAAGAUAAAUCGCGUCUUUAAUCAAACAAAAGAAAAACGCGAAAUAUAAAAAUAUGAUACUGAUUUAUCUGUGAUAUUGUAAGACCAUUUUAGAUCCAGGUUGGUGUCAGAAUUUUAGUUAUAAUUUUACGCAUAAAACAAGAAACAUUUGAAAAAAAUUUAGAAAAACAUAUAUAAAACAAACAUUAAAAUAUACAUGAAAAAUAAAUUAUUUACGUUAUAUAAAAAUAUAAAGAAUUUCCUGAAUUUUAGAUUGUUUAGUGGGUUUAGUACCAAAGCAAUGUUUAUAGUAUAUUUGAAAGUAAAAGGAAAGACGUGUAUAUACACUGAAGAAAGAGUAUAGUAAUAAUCAAACUUAAAUGAAAAUUAGUAACAAUAAGUUUUAAUGAGAUAGUUUUAAUUAAAUAUUCAGUAAUAUAACCAAAUAUUUAGUAGUAUUUAGCGACCAUUUAAUCGAUUGAUUACCAUUAUUACAUUUUACUAUUAACACAUUUACUAGAUUUUACUAAAUAUUUGAUUGCGAGUAUUAAACGAACAUUUAAUUGAAAUUAUUUUAUCAAAGCUAGAUUAUUAUUACUAAACUCUUGUUUACAGUGUCGAGUGUUCUGAAAUACCGAAGAAUCUGUGCGUCGCGCAAACGUCCAAGUUUCUCAGGAAUGUGAUACAGAUAACGUUCGCGCGCGAAAUUCAUCCGAGCAAGCCGAAUUCCCAGUACGAUCUGAUCUGGUUGCGAUUAAACGCGGGGCAAUGUUGGCAAAUAUUUACCGAAGACACGGCCGGCUGGCACUUCGAGUGCAUUAAACGGUGACGUCUAAGGACUCGGGCGCUUUAUUCCGGCGCACGACAAUUGGCCGCCGCGCCGUCGCAGGCCCCGUUAUUAUCGCGUGCACAGCCCGUGAACUCGCCGUGCGGGACCAUCUGAUAGCGCGGUGCAGUUUGCGCGAGCUUAUCGCGCGCUGGGAUUAACCGUGGUCUUAUAAUCCGUUUUCUCGCGAUAAUACCGCGAUAUUGCAUACGCGCGCGAGGCGCGUGUAACUUACGGGACUCGCGAUUCAGCCGUGAUCAUGCUAAUGUUGGAUGCGACGCGAAUUAUGUUUCGCGGACUCGGAAAGAAUGCUGCGAAGGUACGGGAUAUAAUUAAACGCUUUAUAGUCAGCACUAAUUAUUAGCUCUAUUUGUUACACAGUCUAUAAGCAGAGUACCCCUAAGACGUACAAAAAUAAGUAUGAAACUUAAUAAGAAUCUACUAACGUCAGACCAAAAAAUUGCAAGUGAUAACGUUUUGCAAAAUAUUACGUCACCGGUAACUAAAAAUACUUGGAUUCAAUAAAUUAUAAAUAGUAUAUGUAAUCGGACUCUCAACUAAAUAAUACAAAUCAUAGCAAUGAUAAUUAUUCUCUUAUAAUAUGUUGAGGUAAAUCGACUGCGUGUAUUAAAGGGGAAAUAAAUGGAACGUUGUCGAAAUUAAAUGAUACGGCCAAUUUGGUGCGGAAAUAGUCUCUUUGUUCAAAGUAGCAAAACACAAGUGUGAGAUAGCGGUUGUUAUAACGACGAAUUAAUUUCGUGGGGUGUAAUUGAAUGUCGUUUUAUCACGGCUAAUGUCACAGGCAGUCACUAAAGAUAUAAAUUAGCAUAUUACCAAUUUCGAGAAACUUUUGGCAUUACGUCUAAGAAAAUAGAACGCACGAAUAGAUAUUUAUUUUAUAAUAUAUAGUAAAGAAAAUAGAACGAAUAGAUAUCUCUGUUAUAAAGAUAUAGACUGUUUGUCUUUGAAAUUAAGAAAAGAAAACGAUUUCUCAAGAAUAAACGAGCAAUUGAAUUGAUUUGAUUUUGCAUUAUAUUUGCACAUUAUAAUAAUAUGGAAAUUUCUCUUUGCCGGAAAAUUAAAAUUAAUUAAUUUAUUCUCCAUAGUCAAUUAUUCUUUUUAAAAAUUCGUACAUUUCUAGUAAUGUUGAAAUUAUUUUUAUUUGAUAAUGGAUAAUGGAUAUUCGACAAAUGCCGACCUUUUCCGACCGCGAUAAGCGACGCUUUCUAUUAGAGUAGUAAGUCUUGUUUCGGUAAUUGGUCACUCGAUUGGAACAGGGAGAUAAAUUAUGAACAUAAUGGUGAUAAAACGAGGGCAAUAGUGAAAGAUGAGUUUCGUACAAUCUUCUCUUGAUUAACAGAAAAAAUUUGUUUGCUAUGUACAAUAACUGUAAUUUCUGUAACAAUUUUUUUAUUCAACGUUAUAAGACAGAAAAAAAAAAUAUAUAUAUAUUUUUUUUUAAACACUGAGAACUGAAAAUCUUUUGCAAAAACCGAAAAAUGACGAUACGAAAUAGAAAUCUUUUCCAUUUUAUAAAAAGAAGCACGCGUUCUCUCAAUUUUGCAAUAUCGGCUAAAAAUGUGAUAGGAAAGUAUUUAAAAAAAAAGAAAAAAAAAACAGUGGCAGAUAUGAGAUCGUAAAUCGGAUCAGCGGCUUAAAAGCGGUUAAGAAAGUUCUCAACUUCUGACGGUGCGAUCGAUUUUAUCUCAACUUCCAGGCUUCGCUAAAUACACGGAAAGCAAGAAGGUGUGAGUGGACGCAAUAUAUUAACGACAGUGUCGAUAUCGUUGGUGCUUCAACGAUAACACGUUAUCAAAGUGAUACCGUUUAAUGACACAGUUUGUCAUGUAUGUGAGUGUACGUGCGCGUGCAAAUUAGAACCAAGAUGUGUCGCGCGCGAUUCUGAGAGAGACGGAAAGUUAUGCUUGGUCAUCGAGUGAGAAUAAACAUAUCGUCAUUCACGCCGCGUGACGUGCGUAAUGUCGAGUGUGACUGUCUAAGCGCGAUCGAUCUUGACGUGAGAUUCGAUUGGAAAACAUGACCUUGAAGAAGGAAGCGAAGAGGUCCUCGAAAAAGGGCAAGUCGGGCCACAAAGCGACGAAUUACAAUGGCGAGAGCACGAAUUUGACGCAGUCGGAGCAGCCCGCGAAGGAAUGCAAGCAAGUGAAACAGGAAGCAGAGUCCUCCAGCGUCAAGAAACCAUCGUUAAAGGAUGUGGAAAAUUCGAGCGGGAAGUUCGAACGACGCGGGUCGUUUCGUCGGAAAUUCGGUGCUCUGCUAAGAGGGAGCGCCGAGUUACCGGCGGUGAUAAACCGAGGCCUGCAGCCGAUCAGGCGUAGCUUGAGCUUCAGCAAGGAUCUCCAUCGCAGCCACGAGCCGUCGAGGCAGCCCUACAGGACCAGCAGCGUGCAGUGGUACAACAGUCUCAGCUCGCUGGCGGAGGAUGAGGUCGAUGGCGAUUGCAAGAGGGCGGGUGCUUCCGAAAAGAAGGUCUUUGACGAUAAGGUAGCCCAGAUCACCAGGACGCGCAGUCUGAUGGAAAAGUACCCUGCCACGAAUAUCAGACGAAGGCUGAAUACUCUGUCACAUCCGUCGGCACCUCCUUAUGGACGCUACAGCGAUUACUAUCACUCCAAUAUAGACCUAAGCAAUCCACCUUGUGAAGCAAGCAGUCUUCCUGCUUUGAGUCGAGUUGCCGUCGAUACGGUUGACAAUGAAACGAAAUUACUAGAGCAACAGGUCAAGAACGGACGAAAGAACUUCAGAUCCAGCGUCCGAAAGUUAUCUCCGUUGGGAAAUUUCAUCAAACAGCACUUGGUACGUUCGAGGUCGCUGACUCAGCUGGACUCUCUGAGUGGCAGCAUGCUGGACACGGGGGAGCAUCAUUUGGAGGGCGACCCCUCGCAGCAGCAACCCCAUCAGCUGCAUCACCAUCAGCAGGCCCAUCAGUUGCAACACAACCCUCUAGGCAUCGAGUGCAAUCGGAUUCGAUUUCUCGCGCCAAACGCGACGCCCGCCGAGAUCGCAAACUCCAAUCGCAGGCCCAAGCUCUCGCGAUCACAGGUAUCCAGUAAUGAAUACUUCAGCGUCAGUUUCGAGGUUGGCGACGACAUCGCGACUGCAUUUGACCGAGAGGAAUUUCUACCGGCUACGCGGGGAACGUACCUGGUAGAUGUGCUGAGUCCGGCCUGCGAACGUCGCGGCGUCGAUUUAUCGCGCGUCGAAGUCCUAGACAGUUCUUCGACGCCGUUAUCGCUGCUAACGACGGACGCCGCCACCCUCGGUGGCAAACACCUGCGAGUAAUCGUUAAGGACGAAAAAUUGAAUUCUCGAACGCCGAGCCAAAGAGGAAGUCAGAACGUGCUGUUGCGGAAAGCCAGUGGGAACUAUCGGAGUCGUAGCGGUCGUUUCUUCAGCGUUUCCACCGAGGACACGAAUGUCGAUGCCGAGGUUGGUGCCUGCACAACGAUCUCUUCCGGUCGGAGUUCCGCUGGGACCACAGGACUCAAAGCCAGUAAACAGCGAUGGAGCGGGUUCUUCACCAACACCAAAGGUAUCAAGAUGGAUCUAUUAACCGCCCAACUGGACGAAUACAAUAAGCACGGCGUGCCGAAACUCGCGAACGUUCAUUUGCAGUGCGAUGUGACGAUCAACGAGGAAGCUCUCUACAAUUUAGAGAGCGACUGGCGCGACAUCGUCGAGAAUUCGCACAUGCUCUCGGAGAAACAAACGCAGCAACAAACCGCACUCUGGGAACUGGCGGAGACCGAGGUGGCCUAUAUUAAAACGUUAAAGGUUGUGACCGAUCUCUUUAUGGCGUGUCUCUGCAAUCUGCAGGCCUCGAAUAUCUUGAUCGAGGUCGACAGGCUCAAGCUCUUCAACAAUAUACUCGAUAUAUACGCCGCCAAUCGCUACUUCUGGACCGAGUAUCUGCUCGCGAUGGUGAACGCGUCGAGAUCGAGCGGCCAGCCGCUCGAUCCCGGCCACCUUCUGCUAGGCUUUGAAACUUUCGAGCAGACGUUUGCGCCUUACACGAGAUACUGCGCCGAGCAGAGCAAGUGUCAGCAGUAUUGCAAGGAUCGACUGAACGAUAAUCAGCUUUUCACAGCGUAUCUAGUGUGGUGCGAAACGCAAAAGGACUGCAAUCGACUGAAACUUAUGGACAUAUUAGUAAUGCCGAUGCAGAGGCUUACCAGGUAUUCGCUCCUGCUCAAGGCCAUUUACAAGAACACCGAGAACGAAGAGCAGCGCGUGGAAUUGAUACACAUGAUCAAAUCCGUGGACGGCUUCGUAGUAUCCGUGAAUGCGGCGCUGAGAAGGAACGAGGAAGCUGCUCAGCUGGAGCACGCGGCCUCGCGUCUAGAGUGCUACGACGUUGUGGAAACAAAAGGGCUCGACGAGGAAGUAGAGAAACUAAUAAGGUUGUACAGCAAUCUUGAUAUAACUACGGCGCCGAUGCCCGGCUGUCCAAAGGACAGCUUGAGGACUCUUCUUCGAGAGGGAGACUUAAAGUUAAGAGACGCCUCCACCAGCAAGAUGGAGGUGCACGUACUAUUGUUGACCGACAUGCUGUUAAUCUGCAAACCGUCGACGAAGAAAAUGUUGAAGAUCAUCAGGCAGCCGUACGUCGUCGACCGCAUACGGAUACACGAAGUCAAGGAGCCGUCCAGCCUGGGAUUGGUUUAUCUUAACGAGUACGGGACAGUUUCGGCCGCUUUAAUCCUUAGCGCCGGUGACCCGAAACUAGCUAAGUCGUGGAUGGAAUCCUUGAAACAAGCCCAGCAGCAAUUUGCAUUGAUGAAAGUCCCGUCUCUCGGUGAACCUGUGAUGAAUUUGGCGUCCGUCAGCAGACAACCGAGCACAUUGGGCGAUGGUGAUUUCGAAGUGGAGGAAUAUGACAAUACCUUUCCAAGAACCCCGCGCGGCAGUAGCAGAGCCUCGCACGUCAGCAGUCUCGCUCAUAGUCACAGUGGUAGCAUGGAGAUGGAAGGUGCUUCUCCAGGCAGCAGCAGCUUUCUACCAAGCUACAAUCCCAGCAGAAACGUCAGCGUGGACACGAAUGAACAACCACGAGCGUCGAGUUCGCUGUCGUCGGAGGAAGGCGGCGAGUCCAGUUCCGGGCACAAUCACCGUUCUAUGCACGUGAGGCGCUCGCUGAUGAGUAAAUCACCGACGCCAAACACGCUGAGCGUCCAGGUGCCCUAUUCGAGUCUGGGUCAAUCGCUGCCUAAUUUAACGCUGGCCACCUCGCCGCAAACCUCCACCGUGUCGCCGACGCCGCCAAACUCGCUGCUGAUCGUGCCGCAGAUGACCAAGAGCAAGGAUACGCUGCUUUCACCAGGACACCGAGGUAGUAUCUCCUACCCACCACCGUCACCACCGCGAGGUGCUCUCAGACGGGGAUUCGCGCUACCGCAAUCCCGGAAUCCGCCCUUGAUGAAAACGAGACACGUAAAUGCAUCUCUAACGCAAUCGGCGCAGGUGACCAUGCCGACCAUGGGCAGUUCCGACACUGAAGUCAUCGAAGAGAGACGGAGAAGGUUGGAUCCUUCACAGAGAGUACCAUCGACGAGCAGCAUCGUCGAGGAAAAGAAAUGACCUGCGAAUUGACCUGAAAGAAGAAUUUUCCGAACGUUUGGUAUGGACCAUACCGUCGACAUGGAUGUACGUGAUAUGUAAAGGUUCGACGUUAUAUGUAAUGCUCGACGUGGAUGUACGUGAUAUGUAAUGCUCGACGUGGAUGUACGUGAUAUGUAAUGCUCAACGAGAUGCAUUCUUCUCUCUAUGUGUGUGUGAGUGCAGCACACACUUUCACGCAGAAAAUUCGAGGAGCAUUGAUCUUCGAGGAUUGAUUAUCUCGCACUCUUUGAAAGCCUACAAAACGAGUCAAACAAUACAUUACAAUCGAUUGGGGCCAUUCGAAAUCAACGUGUGAAGUUUGUACCACUACCGUAUCGCUACUUUUAUCUCGUUAUCUUCUUGUAACUCGUAGAUGUCUCUUUGUAAUAAUUAAAUCAAGUCCGAGUUAUCCGCGAUUAAUAUCACAUUGCGACAUUGAAUUGCCAUGUGUGAUAUUAAACACAGAUUUCGACUUAGAUUUUUAAGCGACGAACAGAAAGGCCUACUUAGAGUAACUACAAUAAGAUAGCAUAGCGAAUAUUAGGGCCGCAAUUAGCGUACAAGACGCCUUUGUAAAGGAGUUCAUUUAGGCGCCUUACGGUAGAACAAAAUGUUUGAAGGAUUGAAAACUGAUCUUGAGCUUUGGAAACCGGGAAUUUGCAAGAGUACAAGUUGGCGUCUUUCCUCUCCUUUUCCCAUGUUGGGCAUUAUGCCCACCAACGACCAAAAGAAAAAAAAAAAAAGAAAAGAUCUUGAGUACAAUUGCCUUGUUCAGGCUAAAUGUAUUAAUGAGGAAUAAGAGCAUAGGAAGACAUUGAAACCUUUAAAAAUAACAGGUUUUAAAUUGCUGCGUUUAUUCUAAAGAAAAAUUAAUCAAUUUGACGCUCGGUACGAUACGCAAUCGAAAUCGUGCAAUUCGGACGUCGAAGUUAUGAGAAUAACCGCUGUUUCGUUCGUUUUAUUUGACUAAUCUUGACUUUGCACAAACAUUCAUUUUACCCUCCUUCUAUUAUUUUAUUACGAGAAACAAUUCAAUGGCUAUAUUAAGUGUUGUCAAUGUGGUCGAAGAUUGUAAAGAAUGUGUCGUAAAGCUAUUGGCGCGAGUUCCUGGUGUGUUGCAUUUUAAAAUUGUUACUGAAUGAUAAAAUAUAAUGGCGUAACGAUUCAUUUAAUGUCAUGUGGCAUUGUAGAAGCUUUAAUUAUAACAGAUCUUUCAUCUUUAAUCGAAAAGAAAUUAAAUAUUUCACUUUAAACAUA